UAGAUCAGAAUAUCUGUGUUUCGGUCAAUUUAUAUAUUUUUCGUUAAGCUUCAAAAGUCAAAACAUUUGCUAUGCAGAAUGGUACAAGGGUAUUUGAGUAUGUGGAAGUUUUAUAACAACCUCGUUAAAGUAACUUUAAAACAACAGAUAGUAUGUAAAUAUUGGCCAAAUCACGUGCACUGAUUAUGUCGCUUAAAUAGUUUAAGUGAAGCGAUCAAAUAUCAGUUAGCGUUACAUGCAGCCUCAAUAUCGAAAAGUGAGUAUACGGCUUUCUUUACAAGAAAGAAAUUUUUUCGAACUUGUGACGGAACAGGAAUUGAUUAAGACCACAGUAUUAUUUCAAAGGCAGUGGUUCCGUAUGUGGUGUAAACUUAUAACAGUAAGUCUUAUGUUUUGUGCUGCUGUACAAACAACUGAUGUGCAGCAACAAAAUGCSAAGAAAAAGGUUGUUGAUCCAACGCAAACACCAACGACACUGUCUGAUGUGAUUAACCUUUUGAAAAAUCUCGAGAAAAGAAUCAUUGAUCUUGAAUCAAAGARAACACUACUACUACGAGGUAGAGAUGGUCGUGACGGUAAAGAUGGUCGUGAUGGGAGRGAUGGCUCUCCAGGACUGAYAGGUCCUCCAGGUUUGAAAGGAGAGCAAGGGCAGCAAGGUGUAAAAGGUCCUCCAGGACCCAAGAGUGGUGGAGUACAGUACGUACGAUGGGGAAGAACCACCUGCCAUUACAAUGCUACUCUUGUUUACAAAGGACGUAUUGGAGGAGAAGAAUAUACUCAUACAGGUGGAGGUGCUAAUUACGUKUGUCUUCCUGAGACCCCAAAAUAUGGAAGGUAUAAAGCUAGUGACGCAGACGGUGCAUACAUGUAMGGUACAGAAUACCAGGUUAGCAGUAACAGCCCAUUUAACACAAAAAAUCUUCAUGAUCACGAUGCCCCGUGCGCUGUGUGUUACGUUACAACACGAAGCGUCAAGAUGAUGAUCCCUGCAAUUUACGAGUGUCCUGCGGGAUGGACACGGGAGUACCAUGGAUACCUGAUGGCUCAGCAUUAUGGUUACGUAAAAUCCGAUUUCAUUUGUGUUGAUCAGGAUACAGAAACUGUACCGGGAAGCCACGGCAAUUUCAAUGGUGCUCUGUUGUAUCACGUAGAAGGAAAGUGUGGUUCUCUGCCUUGUCAUCCAUAUGUUGAAGGUCGUGAACUGACAUGCGUAGUAUGCACCAAAUAAACUGCAUAAUUCUUGGCAUAAUAUCCAUAAAGUAAUAUUGAUUAAUGUAAUCUAUAAAAGCUAAUAAUCAUAUCGA